UGUUUGAAGAUACUGUGGAGGAACGGGUCAUCAAUGAGGAGUAUAAAAUAUGGAAAAAAAAAACACUCCUUUCCUUUAUGACCUGGUGAUGACACAUGCCCUAGAGUGGCCUAGUCUUACUGUGCAGUGGCUUCCAGAUGUUACAAGACCAGAAGGAAAAGAUUAUGCUCUGCAUUGGUUGGUACUUGGCACUCACACAUCAGAUGAACAGAACCACUUAGUAGUAGCGCGAGUUCAGAUACCCAAUGAUGACGCACAGUUUGAUGCAUCUCACUAUGACAGUGAGAAAGGAGAGUUUGGUGGCUUUGGCUCUGUUAGUGGCAAGAUUGAAACUGAAAUUAAAAUUAACCACGAAGGUGAAGUGAAUCGGGCCAGGUACAUGCCUCAAAACCCUUGUAUAAUUGCAACCAAAACCCCCUCCUCUGAUGUCUUGGUAUUUGAUUACACAAAGCAUCCAUCCAAACCUGACCCCAGUGGAGAGUGCAACCCAGAUCUUCGAUUAAGAGGCCACCAAAAGGAGGGUUAUGGACUCUCUUGGAACUCUAAUCUGAGUGGACAUUUACUCAGUGCAUCUGAUGACCAUACUGUUUGCUUGUGGGAUAUAAGUGCUGGACCAAAAGAGGGAAAAAUAGUUGAUGCUAAAGCCAUCUUUACAGGCCACUCAGCAGUCGUAGAGGAUGUAGCCUGGCACCUUUUGCAUGAAUCUUUGUUUGGCUCUGUUGCAGAUGAUCAGAAACUCAUGAUUUGGGACACUCGGUCUAAUACAACAUCAAAACCAAGUCACUCAGUAGACGCGCACACUGCAGAGGUCAACUGUUUGUCCUUCAAUCCAUAUAGUGAGUUUAUACUAGCCACAGGAUCUGCUGAUAAGACUGUUGCCCUGUGGGAUUUACGAAAUUUAAAACUCAAGCUUCAUUCGUUUGAAUCUCAUAAAGAUGAGAUUUUCCAGGUUCACUGGUCACCUCACAAUGAAACCAUCCUUGCAUCUAGUGGUACUGAUCGCAGGCUGAAUGUCUGGGAUUUGAGUAAAAUUGGUGAAGAACAAUCAGCAGAAGAUGCUGAGGAUGGACCCCCUGAACUUUUGUUUAUUCAUGGUGGGCACACAGCAAAGAUCUCAGAUUUCAGCUGGAAUCCAAAUGAACCGUGGGUAAUCUGUUCAGUGUCUGAAGAUAAUAUUAUGCAAAUAUGGCAAAUGGCUGAAAAUAUUUACAAUGACGAAGAGCCAGAUAUACAGCCUUCUGAGUUGGAAGCACAAGGUUCAUAG